AUGAUCCCCGCAGUGAAAAGAAAUAGUGUCCAGUUCUCUAGGCCAGGGCAGCCCCCUGAGCCUGAUGGAUUAAGUGGGGAGGGGAUCUUCAGUGAUUCUGAAUGCAAAGAAGCUGGUUCAGAAAAGAACAGCCACACACCUAGCCAAUCCCAAGGGGACCCCCUAAAGGACACGUCAGACUCCUCUGUUUCUUCUUACCACACCGCUCUGUGCUCAGAGGGGGCUGAGAGUUUUAAGGACUGCAUGGAGUCUCUGGAAGAUGAAGGGGACACUCUGUUAACCCAGCCACCUGAUGGUGACCCAGAUGAUGAAAGUGAUCUGCAUCGCAAGAACAAAACUGCACCGGUGAGCCUUUCUGAACGGAGCCCGGCUGGCAUGAAAGGCUUUUGGAGGGGCACUUCUGAGGACACAGUUGAGCAACUACGUGGGACGCCAAGUGAUUUUGACAAAGCCACAUGGGAGCUGCCUGAUAAAAACAGCAAAGGUGCUGGUGAUAUUUGUGCUGCUGCCUCUACGGCCAUAGUUCAUUCAGCUUUAAAUAGAAGCCAGGCUUCAGGGGGGAGUUUAACAACCACAGCUGAGAGGACAUUUAGCCCCCAGGCAGGCAGGGAGUGUGCCGCAAGCAAUCAAGUUUGCAGAUACAGAGGCUACCUCAGUGCCAAGGAGAAGCAACAGGUUCAGAUGUCAAUCACAGGCCCUGCUAAGAAUAGCUCUGCUCCAGGGUACAGCAGCAGGAUGGGGCUAGCCACAAGAGAGCUGCAGCCUGGAGCCGGUGAGUCUAAAUAUUUGGGUCCGCCUUUACGAUUCAAUGCACCGAAACCCAGGGAGAUGUUCCUCAAAGCGCACAAUACAAAGGGCAGCAGAGCUCCUGGGAUUAGCAAGGCCCCCUGCCCCCAGUACUGCGCUAACAACUCCAGCGCUGGAAGCGAUUCCGAAGAGGCUGAUAAUGAAGUUCAGAAGCUCACUGCUCUGUCGUUCCGGAGCCUCUCGUGCCCUCACGGUGGUUCCCUACAUAUGUACAGUUCUAGUGACAGGACAUCGUCUAGCUUGUCCAAUUCCUUGUCAGAAGACAGUAAUGGAAUGAACAGGUGGUCAACGCGUCAUGAGCUGAGAAAAGCAGAGGUGGUCAGCCAGGCAAAGGGCAGCAGACAAUUCCCAGCUGCCAGCCAAGUCCCAGAAAAAGAUCCGCCCAGUUACUCAUUCGGGAAGGACCCGUUCGAGUGCGUUGAUGUGGUGCUGGAAAGCACCAACGGCAAAAAGGGCCACUCCAAAAAGAGGACCGUGCCCAAGCGGCAGAUCCAGCUCAAGCAGAGAGACAGGAAUGAGAUGAGUUUCCUUGGAGCAGGGGACUGCGCUGCCCAUCAGCCCUUUGCAGCACCCAGGAACGACCCCUGCCCAAAGGGCAGGACCAUCAGCAGUGAAUUCAGGAUAAACUACAAACAGUUUAUGAGAACAGCAUCAUUAGACGACUCGUACAGCAAAACCAGGAUGGCCUCCUGCCUGGUGAAAAAUGUGCUGGCCAAGAAAAUGCAAUACGAGCAGAGGAUCAGAAUGGAGCAGAAAUCGAUGCAGGGCAGCUCGACCUCUUCUGUACCAUCCUCCGUAAGUACGGACCUCAUGGGGGAUUUCACGGAAGGGAAGUCGAGUUCUCUGUCCAAGUCCGACUGCAGCUGUUCAGCUGAAGAUCUGCAAAGUCAUUCAAUGAGCGAAAGGUCUGAGUCAAUGAGCCAAGAAAGCACCGAUGCCAUGCGGCCUACCAAAGGUGUAGUGCUGAACGAGCAGCAAAGGGAAAAUGUCUGCAAGCUGAAAAAGACGUUCAACGAGCUGAAUGAAAGACUGAAGUCUCAUGAAGCCACCCAGUCCAAGCCGCUCCCCAUCUUGGCAGAUGGCGUGAACAGGGAUUCAGGUGACGGCAGGAAGCAGGUUGCCAGAGAGAGGAAAGAAUACUGGAGAGCUCGUGCCCUAUUUGAAUCCAAGCAGGCUGAGGUGAAAGGCUUGGGUGUCGCCCCGACGUUUUCCAAAGCACAAAAGCCAUGGCCCAGUUUGAAGCAGCGAGCGAUCAGCAAGAACAAGCACACGUCAUGGAAAGAGGAGAAGGUCCCCUUCAAGCCAAAAAGUUUGGUGGUGCCCAGGGAUCCAGCCAGGAACAUCUUCACAUCCACAACGCAGGAGAUGAAACUGAUCCCACAGAGCAAACCCGAACAGCAGCAGAAGAUGCUGAAUGUCUCCAGGCAGCUGAUUCCGAAGGGAGGUGCCGAGGAGAAGAGGCCAGCAGCAGUGCAGAGCACCAAGUAUUCCUCUCUCAUUUUGCCCACUUCCUGCAGAUCACGCAGCGAUGGAAAAAGCAGCCCCCAUGAAGCAUCGCACGCUCAGGAGGCCAAGAAGACAGAGAGUAAAAGGAGGGGGCGAAUACAUCAGCCCAGGGACGUCAGAAAGUUAGUUAAGAACACCUAUAGCUUGAGCUUUAAAUCUUCAGACAGCUUCAAUAUAGACCAAGAAACCAACAGUGGGGAUAGCAUAAGCCUAUCAACAAAGGAGUCCACUGCAACCUCCCCUCUGUUUAUACACUGCACCUCAGUGUGUCGCAAAGAUGAUGUGCAAACAAAGACCCAUUCACAUGGAAAAAACCAGGAGCAGCAGUUGAACUUAGAUUUGUCAGCGCUUUGCAUACCAGAUCAGAGAGCGAGUGACCUGGAACACAGUGCCGCUUUAAAGCCCACCACUAAGACCCACGUGGAUGGACCUGUCAGUCUUACUGAAAGAAAAUGCACUGCAGUGGGUGAAUCUCCAAUCCACAUCACUCAAAUUCAGUCCAAGAAGAAGGUUGUAGCUAGGAAUGAAGAACCCCAGCUAAAGCCUGAAAAUAAACCAGUGUGUUACGAGAGGAGUGAGCUAAAUGUAACACCAUGUUCCAAAGCCACGAGGAAAGCACCUCAGAUGGAAUCCCAGCUUAAUGUUAAAGUCAACAGUUCUCUUUCCAAGCAUCCACACAGAACACAAGCUGACCACUUCCCUGCUCCAACUUACUCAACUUCAGAUGGAAGGUCUACGAAAGACUCAUCAACACAAGCUAAUUGCAGCUCACUAGAAAAAAGCAAAGCUGUUCUGUUUCCAUCUUCAGCCUCUCCUAAGGACACCAAGAACCACACUGACAUCAAUCGCAACACCGCCAGGCCAGGUCAUUUUCAGGAGGCUCAGGCCCAGAAGGAGCCUGAGUGGCCAUUUCAGAAGCAUUUAUCCACUGAGAUCAUCUCAUUGACACCUCAUGACAGUCAAGACUUUUCUGUCAGUCCAAAAGAAGAAAACAAUGUGUCUGAACAGACCAAGGAAGGCUACAGACAUCUACAACCCAUAAAGCCAACAGUGACAAGUACCCAAACAUCCCACACAAACACACUAGCAAACAAUCAGUCUGUUAACAGUUCGUAUCAGCAGAAGGCCCAGAAUAAAAUGUUUGAUGCCCCCAGGCCAUUGGAUAGCCAGGUGUUUGUGCCAGCAACCCUCAUGUCUCCAGAGUGUGCCAAUUCCGAUGCCUCCUUGAGAUCAAAGGAAUACAGUGAAGAAACCAGACUACCAGGAGUUCCUUCUACUGCACCAUCACCCCCAGCUGGAAAGCUCCAAGAUCAGAGGGAGAGUUGGGAUCACUUGAACAGACAGCAGGCUGGAAACGAGCAAUAUUUCACAGCCACCCAUGCUGAGAAUGCCAACUAUUUAACAAUUCCCGUGAAAGCCCAGAAACCCGAAGCAGCUCCUAAGCCCUUGGUGCCCUCCCAUCCAGACCACACUUUGGUCAGUUCCAAUGUGUUCUUCCAGCCAGGCGGGGAAACACCCGUGAGCACAAUAAGCAAUGAGUCUGCACAGUUGAAAGCGCCUGAGGGCAAGGCAGCCGCAGACCACUCCGUGAAUGACCAGCCAAGCCAUGUCCAGCCCCAUCACAGAGUCAACGACUCACCCAAUUUCUUGAGGAGGAACAACGGUGUUUCACCAGGCAGUAGAAGUGCCCCUAGCCCCACCAGGUCUUUUGCUCCCCAGCACCAGGCUCACAGGAAAAUGCUCAUUGAUCCAGACAGCGGGAAGUGCUACUACAUGGAACCUCCCAGACAGCCGCAGCUGAAAAUGCUCUAUGACCCAGAGACAGGCCAGUACCUUGAAGUAUUGAUACCCCCAGUCCCCUUGGCAUCACAUAGUAGGCUUUACCCAUCUCCUUUCAACCCAUUGGUCAUGAAUCCAGGGGUUUACGGACCCCCCUACAUACCAUAUCCAGGAUUCCCAGGGUUUCCUCCUCCUCCUGUGGCUAUGCCAUCCGUCCACCCCAAUCUGCCAAAUCAACAGCCCGGUCAAGAAAAUACAAAUGUAACUGAAACCUUCAGCCCUGGUCCAAAAGGUGAAGCUCCAUCAGCUACUCAAGCCACUGACUGCAACUACAUGGAGAGUUUAUAUUAUAUUCCUACUGGGAUGAAUUCAAGUCCUAGCCCUAAUCAGCCUUUAUUCUCCCCAGCUACAAGUUCCAGUCCUUCCAUGCCAGAGAAAGGGCCCUUGUUCCGGAUGUAA